AUGAGUGAAGAAAAAGUUUGGGGUGAUAAACCAGUUUAUUUUAAACAACCUUUCAGAUGGAUACGUUAUCAUGCACAUGUGAAUCCAGCAUUAUUUGUUUCUGUGGCAUUAGGUGUAUCAGCACCAUUAGUGUUAUUGUUGACUCCAUUAAGAAGAAAAUACUUGUAUGCCGAUCAUGAACCAAUUCCUCAAGUUUAUCCAUUGCCACAAAGACCAAGAGAUAAGAAUUUAACUGGAUUUGAUGAUGAGUAA